AUGAAGAACAGAAAACAUCACCGUGAAACGGCGGUGUUUGUAGGAUUUCCGAUCAUUCUUCUAUGCCGGAGACGGAGCAACAUUUUCCAGUUUGUUCCUUUUUUUACUGCUUUAUCCGUUGUUGUUCUCAUUCUAUUUGUGUUGAUGUCUUAUAUAGCUCCUCCAAUUGAUAGCCGCCAUGAUCAGUUCAUCAGCUUGUUCUAUAAUGGAACGGAGCCCCGAAGGAACCUGCUUGAAGAACAAGUGAUUCAGGAACCAAUGGGAGAAGGGAGAUUAAGCCGAGAUAUAUGGAAUUCGAAGAAAUCGAAUAUCUACCAUGGUUGCAGUAUUGCCAGUGACGAGUUUCCAACUGCUGAGGUUAAUACACUUCCUAAUAGGUACUUGUUGAUUGCAACUAGUGGAGGCUUGAAUCAACAGAGAACAGGGAUUAUUGAUGCUGUUGUUGCUGCUCAUAUCUUGAAUGCCGUCCUUGUAAUUCCAAAGCUGGACCAACAAUCCUAUUGGAAGGAUUCAAGCAACUUCUCCGAAAUUUUUGAUGUCGACUGGUUUAUUUCGUAUCUCUCAAAGGAUGUCAAAAUUAUUAAGGAUCUCCCUAGAAUGGGAAAUGAACUCAUAAUUCCGCACACAACACGUGUUCCAAGGAAGUGCAAUGCUGAGUGUUAUCAGACUCGUAUCCAGCCAAUUUUAAAUAAAAAGCAUGCUGUUCAGUUAACAAAAUUUGAUUACAGACUCUCCAAUCAUUUGGAUACGGAGCUACAGAAGCUGAGAUGUAGAGUCAACUAUCACGCACUGAAGUUUACUGAUCCCAUAAUUCAAAUGGGAAAAAAAUUGGUUGAAAGGAUAAGAAAGAAAAGCCAGCACUUCCUUGCGCUGCAUCUAAGGUUUGAAUCAGAUAUGCUAGCAUUCUCUGGAUGCUACUAUGGUGGAGGAGACAAGGAAAGACGAGAACUGGGUAAAAUACGAAAGAGGUGGAAGACAUUACGUGUAACAAAUCCAGAUAAAGAAAGAAAGAACGGAAAAUGCCCACUAACUCCUGAGGAAGUUGGCCUUAUGCUUAGAGCACUUGGUUUUGGUAAAGAUGUUCAUAUUUAUAUUGCAUCAGGGGAAAUCUAUGGGGGCGAGAAGACGUUGGCUCCUCUCAAGGCAUUCUUUCCAAAUUUUUAUACCAAAGAGACACUUGCCAGCAAGGAAGAGCUGGCACCAUUUUCUUCUUUUUCUUCCAGGAUGGCUGCUUUAGAUUUCAUUGUUUGUGAUGAGAGUGAUGUCUUUGUUUCAAAUAACAAUGGAAAUAUGGCACGAAUGCUUGCCGGACGAAGGCGAUACUUCGGUCACAAGCCAACCAUCCGUCCAAAUGCUAAGAAGCUUUAUAAGAUGUUUACGGAUAGAAAUAACAUGACUUGGGAAGAGUUUUCCUCACAUGUCCAAAAACAGCAAAUAGGUUUCAUGGGAGACCCAAUGGAGGUAAAGCCAGGCAGGGGCGAGUUUCAUGAAAAUCCAUCAGCAUGCAUUUGUGAAGACACCAAUGUCAAGGCUAGAGAAGAUGUAACUAUUCCCCAAAGUCCUGCCAUGAUCUUUGGAGAAGGUACUGAUUCUGCUGCUGAUGGUACCAGGAGAUCUUUUGGAGAAGUGACCGAUAGACGCAUUAUUGAGGAUGAGCAAUAUUGGUUUGAUACAGAUUAUAUGGAGAAUGAGGUUGGAGGAAUUCAGAGCAUUGGCGGAGCCACAAUUUCACUAAGGGAGUUGAAUAUAUGAAGAAGUGAAUGCAC